AAAAGGAAUAAGGAGAUAAAGGAAUAAUUUUUUGCACAUGGGUAGUGUUUUAGAGGCAAAGAGUUGGAAGCAGACAAGUGGAGCUGAACCUGACCAUUAAGAGAAAGGUGGAGUUUUGUUUGCAUAUCUGCUUAAUUGUUGCUAUUCACUAUUUUAUUUUAAGUCAUGCAGGAGUCAGUCGAAGUGUGGCUGUAAUGACUGCUUUUCUGAUGAAGACUGACCAACUUACCUUUGAAAAAGCCUAUGAAAACCUCCAGACUAUGAAACCAGAGGCCAAGAUGAAUGAGGGGUUUGAGUGGCAACUGAAAUUAUAUCAGUCCAUGGGGUGCAAAGUAGAUACCUCUAGUGCAGUUUAUAAGCAGUAUCGUUUAAGAAAGGUUACAGAAAAGUAUCCAGAACUGCAGAACUUACCUCAAGAACUCUUUGCUGUUGAUCCAACCAUGGUUUCACAGGAAUUGAAAGAUGAGGUUCUUUACAAAUGUAGAAAGUGCAGGCGGUCUUUAUUUAGAAGUUCUAGCAUAUUGGAUCAUAAUGAAGGAAGUGGUCCUAUAGCCUUUGCCCACAAGAGACUGGCACCAUGUCUCAUGCCUGUCAUGGGGAGUCGGGCUCAGUGCACGUCCUAUUUCAUUGAACCUGUACAGUGGAUGGAACCUGCCUUGCUGGGAGUGAUGGAUGGACAGCUUCUGUGCCCCAAAUGCAGUGCUAAGUUGGGUUCUUUCAAUUGGUACGGUGAACAGUGCUCCUGUGGUAGAUGGAUAACACCUGCUUUUCAAGUCCAUAAGAAUAGAGUGGAUGAAAUGAAAAUGCUUCCGGUUCUGGGAUCACAAACGAAAAAUGUGAACUUCUGACAUUUGAUAGCUGGGAAAGAAACUUGUCUGCUGAAACAUGCUACUUGUCAUUCACAUGGAGUGUCUGGUGUUUAGGCUGUUAGCAUUUCAUUUGAAAUGUGAGAAGAUGAAAUCACCUGAUGUGACUUGGACACUGUGUUUAAGUAGAAUACUUCAUAUGGAAAUAAAAACUUGUUUUUAAAAUUU